CCGAAGCUUUUCAAUUCCGGAAGAAGCGCAGUGCGCAGGCGCUCGUUACAGUCGCGUCCGGCGGAAGCGGGGCGUCGAGAGUCACCCAGCGCCGCGUGCCCAGAAGCAAACAGAAAUGGCAAAGAGCCUAAGGAGCAAAUGGAAAAGAAAAAUGCGAGCAGAGAAGAGAAAGAAAAAUGCUCCCAAGGAACUGGCCAGGUUGCAGAGCAUUCUGAAAGCCAACAGUGAUGUUGUAAUGGAUGAAGUGAAGGAAGUAGUAACUGUGGUUCCUGCUGAGAAGAUCUUAGAGAAAAAGGAUUCAGAUGAUGGAAGUAAGAUGGACAUGGAUGUUAAAAGAAAUCAGAAAACUCUUCUAGAUCAACAUGGACAAUAUCCAGUAUGGAUGAAUCCCAGGCAGAGAAAAAAGCUGAAGUCAAAACGUGUCAAAGGAAAAAAUAAGUCUAAAGCACCAAAAGGAUUAACGUGGUAGACUCUGGUAAAUGUUAAGAAAUUAAAGGGGAUGGGGAGAACUUAAUGGUUUAUGUCAUCAGUCCUAAAGAGUAUUAUUUUCUUGUUUCAGAUGUUCAGGCUCAUUUAAUAAAGUUCCAAUUAUCUUUGUACAAACGGGACUAUAAUUAUGCUAUAAUUAAACCUAGAUACCUUCCAAUGGCAACCAAAUUUCUAUCAAAUGCUUUAAAAUUUAGUUGUUUUAGCUUUACAGAAAAGCAAAUGUGUUAAUAGGGUGUAGCAAAAAAAAAAACAACAGCUGAGUUUUCAAGGUCUUAAAAAAAAGAAUCCUUUUAUAAAGUAAGAUAUCAUGAAUCAGUCAGUCUUUAUAUGUUUGUUCACUAGUAAAUCUUUAAUGUGCUACAAGAUUCUUGUUCAUUCAUUUCAGUGAAACUUAGUUCCAACUGAUUGUUGGAUUAUUCUCAACAGAACUAAAUACUUCAUUUUUGAGCCUAUUGCAACAAUUUCAAAUGUAUCUGGUAGAAAUAUACUUAUUUUGUUCUAAUUUUUCAUUCUUAAAUAUCUUUUAAAAUAUGUUAUAUUUAAUUUAAUAUCUAAUACUAAUAAAGCCAAAGUCAACAUA